GCCUUCUUGGCUCUGCCAAUGUAACAGUCCAAGGUAAUGUAGGUUUUAAGGCAUCUCCCGUCAUUUGUCUGCCACAAUUUUGUCACACUGUUGUUUUCUGAAGAGCUUUCAGAAAGCCAUUGAUGUGUGGUUAUGGAAAGGAUUUAGUCUGAACCGCGAUUUCCUCGCUCCAAUGACUGCAGUCCCCCAGCCCAGGAAAGCAUCCUUGCACCUGCUCUGCUUUGCAGGUUGUUGGAAUAGAUAUUUUCUACCCUUGCUGUAGUUUUACCUGCUGCCAGAUUUUGAUAGAGUGCAGAACAGUUGGUGCAAGCACUGAAGUGAAACCACACAAAUUUGAAACAGCAGCCACGCAGCUGAACAUCCCGCCUUGAACCUUUGGACGUGGGAGGUGUGGCACGUGCCCUGUGGAAGGCUGACCCAAACUGAGUUUUUUCUAAACAUCAUGGGAGAGAUUAAAGUCUCUCCUGACUAUAACUGGUUCAGAAGCACAGUUCCUCUUAAAAAGAUAAUAGUAGAUGAUGACGACAGUAAAGUCUGGUCCCUGUAUGAUGCAGGACCAAGGAGCAUUCGCUGCCCACUCAUAUUUCUCCCUCCUGUGAGUGGAACUGCAGAUGUGUUUUUCCAGCAAAUUCUGGCAUUGACUGGAUGGGGCUACAGAGUUAUUGCUUUGCAGUAUCCAGUGUACUGGGAUCACCUCGAGUUCUGUGAUGGAUUCAGGAAACUCUUAGACCACCUUCAGCUGGAUAAAGUUCACCUUUUUGGAGCUUCUCUGGGAGGCUUUCUGGCUCAAAAGUUUGCUGAAUACACACACAAAUCUCCCAGAGUCCAAUCUCUGAUCUUGUGUAAUGCCUUUAGUGACACUUCUAUUUUCAAUCAGACGUGGACAGCAAACAGCUUUUGGCUGAUGCCUGCUUUUAUGCUGAAAAAAAUUGUCCUUGGGAAUUUUGCAUCUGGUCCUCUGGAUCCUGAAAUGGCUGAUGGGAUUGAUUUCAUGGUGGACAGGCUGGAGAGCCUGGGCCAGAGUGAGCUGGCCUCAAGACUCACCCUGAACUGCCAGAACUCCUAUGUAGAACCUCACAAAAUCCGAGACAUCCCUGUAACCAUUAUGGAUGUGUUCGACCAAAGCGCACUUUCGACAGAAGCAAAAGAAGAAAUGUAUAAACUUUACCCCAAUGCCAGAAGAGCUCACCUCAAAACAGGAGGCAACUUCCCCUAUCUCUGCAGGAGUGCUGAGGUCAACCUGUACAUUCAAAUCCAUUUGCUGCAGUUCCACGGUACCCGGUACGCAGCCAUCGAUCCCUCCAUGGUCAGUGCAGAAGAGCUGGAAGUCCAAAAGAUCAGCCUUCACACCAGCAACGAGCAAGAAGAGCAGUAAGCUUGGGAGUGCCAGUGAAACAGAGGCAUUGGUUUGGUGGUCUUCCUGUGUACAAUCAACUGCUCCCACUCUGCCUUUUCCCUUGUGUUAGCCGAUUAUCACUGUGUGAUUCCAACAGGAUCAACAGUCAGUGAACUACCCGUGGACAGCAACCUCCAGCAGUGUAAUGGAAUAGAUCUGUUUAAUUUUUAGUCUUUGGAUUCAAGAAAGCAUCUUUGAAGACUACACUUUUAAAAAUAAAGACAUUUUUUCUACCAAAGUCUUCACUAUAUCAUGUUCUUAAGCAGAACAGUAUUUCCUUUUAUAUUUUUCACUCGGCUGUAUAUAUUACCACAUGCAGAUUCUGUACUUAUAAGCUGACAUAUUUUUGUUGAAUAUUUGAUUUAAAAGAUGUUUAAGUGUCAAUGUUGCCCUCACUUAUUUGCUUCAUACACAUGGUGUUGUUAGUUUGUUUCUAUUUGAAAUAAAGCAUUUGAAUUUUUAACUUU